UGAAUACAUGACUGGAUCCUUGUGUAAGUGUGCAGUAAGUGAACAGAAGCUAUUUUACGAGCAGCAAUUGUUGAGAUCAUUACUUGGCAACAGGCUAAUUUCUGGUUUUAUUUUAAGAACCACAAGAAUGCUGCUUUCCUUUUGAUGGAGAGUGACCGGCUGAUCAAUAGUCUUCCCCAAGUCAAAUGGACAGAGGCAGCUGUGGCCGUGGCAUCAAGGCUACAAGAAGAAUGCGUAACAUUUAUCGUGGCAAACUUCCUACACAUAGUACAAAGUGAAGGCUUCUCUACUUUGUUGCAGGCACAGGCAAUGAGCAGCAAACCUGACCUUCUAGAACUAAUUUUUAAUGCAAUUGAAAAAAGUAUUAGUAAUGACAAUAGCUGCUUUCUUCUUGUAGCCGUGGAUACGUUGUUGGACUCCACAAAUGUGAAGGAGAUGGGUUUUACGUGCAAGAUCCAGGCUCUGCGUGAUAAGCUCUGGGUCUUCCUGGUUCAGUCUUUUUAUGCUGUUCGUCACACAGAAGGCUGGAAGCUGAUGAGGCCAGACCAUCAACAGAAAAUACAAGCAGCUGCAUUUGACAAGGGUGAUGACCGAAGACUUGGCAAAAAACCUGUAUUCACUAGUUCUCAGCUAAACAAAUCUAUUACUGAAUCUGGUAGCAUAAGGAAUACUUCCUGGACAGAACACAGCAAGAAAGACUGCUGGGGAGAUUCUUCCACUAAUCAGGAUAAAAUGAAAUCUGAUGGAUUAGGAGCAUCUGGACAUACAUCAAGCACCAAUAGAAACACUGUUAAUAAGGCUUCAAAGCACGAGGAUGUGAAGGGGAAAGAUGGCAAAAAAAUAGUUUCCAAGAUUACUAAGGAUUCAAAACCUGGGGAAAAAGCUGCUUCGCCAAAGGCUAGGGCUGUUAUAAAGACAAAAAUAGAAAAUAAUGGAAAUGUGAAGGCUGAAAGCAUGCUUACCAAGCAAGAUAUAGAAAAGACAUCAUCUGCAGGUGGACAGAAAAAUUCAGGAAGUGGCAAAGGACUAAAGAACCAUGAAGGAAAAAUUGCAGGUGCCAGACCUAAAGUGCUGACAGUAACUUCAAGUGUGCAGAUCAAAACAAAACCAUUGAAAAAACCUACAGGGAAGGAAUCUCCCUCCUUAGUGACUGUGGCAGGAACUUCCAGCAAGUCAGCAAACGCAAGCGUAGAUAUCCAGACUGCCAGUGAACAAACAGAAGAACCCAAAGAGGAUAAAUUGGUCGAGGAAGGGAAAAAACAGACUGUGAAAACAAAGUCAUCUGUGAAGACAUCAAAUGGAGUCACCAAUAAAAAAAAAAAGACUGAGCUUGAGGCUAAUAUCACAACAAGCAGGUCAUUCAGAGUUCUGCACACUGGAACAGUUAAUGACUACACAAGUCUGACAAAAAAAUCAACUGGAAAAGUGUGUAAUGAACAAAAUGUACAAACUGUUCUAAAGAAAAAAGGGAAUGUGAGUAGCAAUUCUGCAGCACAGCAAAAGGCUCAAAACACACCUACCAAUUCUCCCAAGAACCAAGGACCUCAGGGAGAAUCACCAAAUUCACUGAAAUCAGGGAUGUCUCCAAAACAUAAUGAAGACAAAAAUGUUUUGCAACAUCUAGUUCAGACAACACUCCCUGAAAAACAACCUUCAGCCAAGAAGAAGAGUGUUAAGCAGUCACAAACACCUGUAGCAAAAGCCACUGCAAAAGUAUCACCUAAAACUCCAGCUCCAUCAAAGCAUGCUGAGAUUAUGAAUAAUAAAGACCCAAAACCAAAACCAGCUGGGCAAUCUGUAUUAAAAUCUCAGUCCUCUGUCCAAAAACAUUCAAGGAGUGAAUCUCCUGUUGUCCAGAAGAAUGUGCACGCCCCUGAGCACAGAAGUUCAGGGCAGAAACUUGAAAAAAACAUGGCUGAUGCUGUGGCAGGUCAGCUUCAUGACAAUAAUGAAUGCUCUUCUGGAAAGCAAAGUGAAUCUUCAAAAUCUGUGAUGGAAAGUAGCAGCGAAAAUAAACUGCUGCCGUCUUGUCACCCCAAUAAAGAAAAAUUAUCAGAUUCUUCUGAAAAUGGGGAAUAUAAAAUACAAUCCGAAUCUUCCUCUCCUCUAAUUACAGAAAAAACUAUUUCUAAGGUGCACAUUUCACUGCAAAAUGAAAUGGAAGCAAGACAAAUCAGUGGAGAUCAGACUGGAGUUAAACAGAUUGAAGAUGCAGACAAAGAUGACAUUGCAGCUGAAUUUCACUGUCAUGCAGAGUCUUCCAGUGAUGGACACUCAGACUUUUCCAAGGAAACCAACCAAAAGGCUACUGCUUCAGGAGAACUGGCGAAACAUUCAAAAGCAACUAAAGUCUGUACUGAACAAAGUGAUAAAUUAAACUCCGAAACAGGUCCUAACUAUGGUGAAAAUGCUUUACCAAGUUUUUCCAGAACCAGUAAAGAGGAUGAGGCAUCGUCUCCUCAGAUUCAUAUGGAGGGAUUUCUUACAGCUGACGAGCUGUGUGAUACAUCAGCCUUGACUGAAUACAAAUCAGUUACAGCAGAUUUAGAUGAUGUUUCAGAAUGUUCCACAGAACAAAUAACAGAAAAAUGUUCACCUAGUUACACAGAGCCUAUAGAUCCUACAGAAAUGGCAGAAAACCAUGAAAAUGCAGAAAUUCCCUUCAUGGACCGCUGGAGUACUGGUGCACUAGAUCCAAAAGAGAGUCCUGAAUCAGAUACUGGCAGUGCCACCACAUCCUCUGAUGAUAUAAAACCAAGAUCAGAAGAUUAUGAUGCUGGAGGCUCUCAGGAUGAUGAAGGAUCCAAUGAAAGAGGGAUUUCUAAAUGCAGCACUAUGUUAUGCCACGAUUUUCUUGGAAGAAGCAGCAGUGACACAAGUACACCUGAGGAAUUAAAAAUUUAUGACAGCAGCCUAAGAAUAGAAGUGAAAAUGAAAAAAGAGGGUUCUGAUCUCUUCCGUGUUAAUUCAACGAGCGAUGAUGAAGUACCAAGAAAAAGACCUGAAAUUUGGUCCCAUCAGGAAAGUGCAAGGACCAAUACUAGGGAAAGCAAAAGUUCUGCUUUUGGCAAUGCACAGUUUACUCAGGAAGCAGAUCAAGUUUCUUCUUCUGCUGAUGAAACAGAAGAUGACAGAUCUGAAGCAGAGAAUGUUGCAGAAAACUUCCCUCCAUCAAAAGUUCCUGUUCAACAGUUCCAAGGAAUUGAUAAUUUAGCUUUUGAAGAUGCAACCGAAAAUGAUACUGCAAGUCAAGAGUUUUCUAAAACUAAAAAUUUCAAACGGUCUGUUUUACUUUCAGUGGAUGAAUGCGAAGAAUUGGGAUCUGACGAUAGAGUGGAAACUCAUACUUCGCGUCAGCAUUCAAUAGAUUCUCUUACUCCUUCAGAAGUAUUUGACAGUGUUUCUCAAGAGCACCAUGGAAAGACUUUUUAUUCAGAAUACUCACUGGAAAAUGAAGAUGGAAUCCUGGAUUGCAAACAGCGUAAGGAUAGAGACGAUAGAUCAGAUAAAAGUGAAAGUUCUCUCCUACAUGUUCAUGGCACUGGAAUCCCAGGAAAGGAGAAUCAAGGUGCUUCAGUGACUGAACAAGAUUGCCCAGAUUCAGCAGCUAGUCCAUGCCCAGGAGAAAAACAAAAAGUAAAUAUGAAGAAUGAGGCUGCUAGUGAAUUUCACCAGUGCAAUAAGUAUUUAGACAGUGAUGCAAAAUCUCAAGAAAGACCAUGUCAUUUGGAUCUUCAUCAGAGGGAAACUAAUUCUGAUGGGCAAAAGAGCAGCUCUGCAAAACCUAUAGAAGCCAGUAAGAAUCAGAUACUGACUCAGGAAGGUCAAGUGAGAGACAGUCAACCAGCAGCUACUGAAUGCGCUAAUACUGAUGUACUUCCAGGAGACAUAGAUGAUUAUGACACAAUGGCACAAACCUGCAUGUAUGAGCAUCGGCCUUCAAAAACCCUUUCUCCAAUAUAUGAGAUGGAUGUUGGAGAAGCAAUUGAGCAGAGGAUGGAUUCAGAAACAGCAGUUCUAGAUGUGGAUUUUGAAGAUCAGCAGUUUGCAGAACAGGACUGGACUCUUCUCAGGCAAUUGUUAUCUGAGCAGGACUCAAAUAUAGGUUUCAAAAACUCUGUUCCUGAAGACCUUAACUUAGCACAAUGUCUUAUCAAUCAGACACUGUUUCUGGCACGAGAUGGUUCGAAUCCUCAGGGUACAUCACAAGUUGACACAUUCAGUAGGUGGACUGAACUAAUGUCUCCACUUGAUGAUUCUUCAGCAAGCAUUACAGUGGCAAGCUUUUCAUCUGAAGACUGUUCGUCCCCUCAAGGGGAAUGGACAAUUCUUGAACUGGAAACCCAUCAUUAAGGUGAUCAAAUGUUUGCAACUGAACUCCAACCUAUUCCCCAAAUCUAUUUUUGAUGAGUUGUUUCCAUACAAUAAUGAAAUACUGCAUCAGUCAAGAACGAGCAAUUCUUGAUACUGAGGCAAUCUUUCUGAUAUAAUGAGGUAAAUAUGUUAAUUUAUAAUCUAGAUUUAAUCACAAGUACAAUAAUUUUUCAAGACUUAAAUGUAUGUCUUUUCUAAAAAUGAACUUUGAGCAUGUAUUUUCUAGAAUUGUUAGAAAAAUUAGAUGACAUGAGAGAAAAAUCGUGCUUUCCACCCUCCAUUUUAUCUUCCUUUCUGACAUUUAAUAUUCUUAUUGAGCAAGAAUUUAAAGGUGACUGCACGAUUAGUAGAGCCAUUCCCCUCCUUUUUUUCCCCCUCUCUAUAUGGUGACUUCAUUUUACAACAAUAAAGAUUCAGAAUGGUUGUGUCGAAAGGUGAUGUGUGCCAACGCUGCUUCAAAUGAUGGAAACAUAUACUUAAUCUUCAAAGAAAAUAUUUCAAUAUGAAUUUGCCUUAGGCCUUAUUAAUAUGAGCAGCUUGUUUCAUCUGUUUCUUCCAGAUUUUGUUUUUGUAUUUUUGGUUUGUUUUGUUUAGAAGUUUCCAAUAAAUUUUUUAAAUUGUCUUUCCUUUAAAUGUAAGACUUCAGCGGGUCUGUGCUAUAGGAAGAGCACUGUUUCUUUCUUGGAAAUGCACAUAUUUAAGUAAAUAUUUUUAAUGGCAUAGUGCAUGAAUAGAAUGCAGUUGGUAGAAUGCUGCUCCUGUUCUAAAAAACAGUAUAUCCAGUAUCUCCAAAAGUACAUCUCAGUCUGAAGUCAUGGUCAGUGUUACAUCAGAGGCCUGAUGUUGAACAGAAUUACCUUCAGGCUCCAAUUCAUUACACUUGCACCCUUCUGAUGCUGCCUGAGGCAUAGCAAGAUGCUCAGGAAUUUAGUUUUGUUUGUUCUUAGAUGCUACAUUUUUGGAGGGGUAAUGGAAUUCUUGCAUCUUGAUUAAUACCUCUAGUGUAGCUUUUAUAUUAAGACUAAAUGUCAACAUAACCAUUCUUCUGACUAAGAGUGAAAUAGGAUAUGCUUCUCAGUACUGUUCAUUCUGCUGCUUUUGGCUAUUAAUUUGGGUGUGGAUAGGACUGUUUAGUGUCUUUUCUAAUUUGAUGGGGGAGGAGGGGUGUGAGAAACUAUUUGUAAUUCUUACCAAAUCAGAACUCCUGAAACAUACAGGUUUUUUUCCCUGCUAAGGUUAGGCCCUCUAAGAUAUCUGCAUUAUGGAAAUAGGAGGGCUUGUCUUUCACACAGCUUAAAAUCUAAACGCAAAGUAUUCUACCUCCUCUUAGUCAUUAACAGAAGUGCCUUCAGAAGUGGGUGCCAUAUAGCAGUAAAAGGCUACUAACUUUUUUUUUUUAUUAAAACUAUUUAAGAUAAGUGCACAACUUAAGCUAACUGUAACCACUGAUAAUAUGGUCAGUUUUGCAAGCUUUUGCACAAUUCCAGCAGUGCACCUUAAUUUUCUUCAGAAACUUCAUUUCUUCGUUCAUAGUCAGAAAUUCUCAGUUGUGUGGAAAUAUGAAGCUGCCCCAGCAUAUGACUAAAGAAGUUAUGACUUGUCUUACCUUUGGACUUGACAUAAUAGAAAGCUCUGAGGCAAAAUAGUUUAUCUAGAAAGCUGCUUUGUUGAACUUCUGAUACAGAAGUAAAAGUGGUGUUUUAUUUUCCCCAAAUUAAAUGGAGGAAGACUUUUAUCUCGCUCUUUAAAAUCAAGGCAGGAAAAAAAAAAAAGGAAAACCUCCCUUUCUCUAUGUUAAUGAAGAAAAAGGACUUGAAACUCAUGAAAGGAAGUUGUUCAGUCUCAUAAGAAUAAUCUUUCCCCUAUUCUUUUAGCUUUUAACAGCACGAAUAGUUUGAGGUAUUAUAAUUUAAAAUACUGUAAAUGUAAUAUGCUGUCUUUACCCCACUCUUCAUAUUGGUUGAGUUAGAAGAACCUUUAGAAGUGUAGAUCAUCAAGAAAAUCUAUUUUUCACCUUCAAGUUUACAAGGUAUAUUGACAGUGGAUUGUCUUUUGGAUAAAUGAAAGAACUAUAGUAUUAGCCAUAGUAAAAGAUGAAGCUUUAGAGAAGCUCUUACAGAAGGAUGAGGAAUGGUGUUUUCUCAAUUUUUGAGUAAAAGACUAAAGUUGUUUAAAAUAAAGUUUAAUCAACUUGAAAAUCCUGAUGAUAUUCUGGUAGUGGGCAUUCACUUGUUAAAAUUAAAUGAUGGAAAGGAGAAGAUAAAGGAUUAGGAAAAAUGAUAGAAAGUGUAAGAAGGGUCCCUUUUGCCUAUUUUUUGCUUUACCCAUAUGAAAAAGUAACACUGAAAAGUGGCACACAAAGUCCCAUGUCUGUCAUGUGAAAUACAGUCAUGUAUAGGGAGGUUAAUUGGUUUUUUUCCUUUGCAUUUACUUUUCCAGUUCUAUGAAAAUUAAAUUAGCCUCUCUUUUCAAGUCCCCAGUGAUGUUGUUGCAAUUCCUUUAAUAGUUUUGCAGUAGACCAGAGAUUAGGAUUUGGUGUAUUGUUCGCUUGGUACAUUUGCAGCCAUAGAAUUCAGCUUCCCACAGCCAAAUAGUCUCUGUAGAAGUAGCAGGAAUAGAAGGCCGUAUUGUUUUUAAUUUGCGUUACCAGAGUGCCUGCGAGGCUUAAUCAGACCAGCGUCCCACUGGCUAGACAUUGUGCAAACACAGAACAAAAACAAGGACUUCCCACAGAGUGGUUAUAAUCCAAGUUAAGACAAAAGACAAAAAAAACAUGGAUGGAAAGGUAAAAUGGGAGUCUCGAUAUUUGUCUAGCUGAUUAGCAAUGGUUUCAGCACACCAUCAAUUUAAAUACUGUCUUUUUUUUAUUCUGUAUGUGUUAUGAGAAAAGGAGAUUGGAGGGUGAAAAUUGGAGGCUGGGUAAUGGGGGAGGUGUAAGGAUCUAUAUUCCUGACCAGCCCUGUAUGUCAUCUAAACUCUGUUCCUGUUUGACCUGAUUUAGUAGUCCCUCCUCAUUCAGGAGCGUGUUCAAGCUUUAAGCUGGUGUAGGUGGCUAUCUGUUUAACAGUAUCAGUCACUUGAAUUCUCCGGAGCCCUGCUCAAGCCUCCUGAUGGUGAUUUUGCCACUGUAUUGGCCUCUUCUCCAAAAUGAGAGAAUGGACAAAGGUUUGUUUGAAAACUUCUUACAUAAACAAUCAAAGCUAGUGUCAUGGGCUCCACGUGAAUAGUGAUAAAGAGGUCCUGAACGACCUCUAAAGAGGUGUGUACGUCUGAUGUGUACAUCUGAUGACACAGUGAAAGAGCACCAGUGGAGAAACUAAAUAAAAGAGAUGGCGUAGUCAAAAUAAUGUUUAAGAAUUUACAUUUGCGGUAGUACUUUGAAUGAGUAAGAGCAGUGAAAUUGCUUUGUCAAAGCCUGAGAAGACAAUGUUGCCGUCAACAGGUGAUACCGGUAGCUUACAAGAGAUUACGUGAAUAGGUAAAGCUGUCUGUAUCCUACAGGUAGCAAUGAGAAAUUUAGCGAAAUAUCAGUGAAAUUUAGAAGAGAGGACUCAGAAAUCAGAAUUUAAGAUAAUGACCCUGGUUUUGCCUACCUUGAAUUACAUGUUAUGAAAGUGGAAAAAUAAGGAAAGAUGUUUUCUGUGUAUGGAUGUAUUAAGUUUAAAAUAGGCUAGACCUCCAAAAGGUGAUGUCAAUAGGCAUAAUUAGUUUUUUUGCUUGGAAAAUUAGAGUCUAGUCUGGACUGGAGAAGCAGCCCUGCAGGUUUUUCACAUGUAGAUGCUAGCUAAAACAGUAUUUGUGGAAUAAAUCACCAACAGACAUACUGCAGAGACAAAAGAGUAGGAAAUUGAAGCCCAAAAGCUUAGACCACUACAGGAAACUGAAGAAAGUGGAGGCUCUUCCAAAUUAUCUGCUCAAAAAAAACCCAAACAAAAACCAAUUAGGGAAGCAAAGGACAAAGAUGGUGACAGAGUUCAAAUACAAGGAAAAAGCACUGUUGGCUUCAUUGAAGAUGGCCCCAAGACAGAUGAGUGUAAAAAUAGCAGUUUUGAGGCUGGUUAAGAACAUGUUCUUAAGGUCUGUGAUCAAAAUGAGAUACUGGCUUCCUCAGAAUGAAAGGCAGGCAGAUGCUGGUUUAGUAGCAUAUGACAGAAUUGCAGGAAGGAAACUGAGCUUAACCAUUGAGAGGGGCAACAGUUAGAAAAGCACAUCAGUUAAUAACCUGUUUUGUUUUGUUUUUUUAAAGGCAUGAGAUGAUACCAUAUUUAUAUAGUGUAGCAAAAGAAAUGAGGAGGCUAAGACCGAAAGAGAAGAUCAGGAGAGAUAAGUAUGCAUGAAAUGAGAUCAGCAGGCAGUCUGGGCUGCUACCACAAGUGAUCAGAUAAGAGCAUAAGAAAAGACAAGCACCUGCUGUUGUGGUAGGGGUAGUGGAAAGGACACUCCAAAUAUUCAUCAUUUUUCUGUUAGAAAAACUUGCUGUAGAAUCAUAGAAUUCCAGAGAAAAUGAGAAAAAUCAUAGAAUUACAGAAAAACACAGUCUUGAAGGGACCCCCAGAGAUCUCUAGUCCAACCUCCUGCUAAAAGCAGGGUAAUUUCAAAGUUAGAUCAGGUUGCUAGGGCCAUGUCAAGGUAUGUAGCAUGUAAAAUGGUAAUACAGGCAGCAGAGAGGAACAUGGUGCUCACAGGAAAUAGUUAUUUGAGAUUAAAAAUAUUAUAAAACUACUUUGGGUGUUGUUGGAAUAGAUUAGUAAUGAAGUUCAAGAAAUAUGGCUUGCUUGCAGUAUUUUUAAGUUCUGGAUUAUAUGUGACAGAACUGUGCACGUUUAAUAAUUUUUCUCCAUGCUUUACUUUUUAAGGUUUUAAAUUAUUUCAAAAUUAUGCUGAAUAUUUGAGUUUGCAAACUUUAUUAUUAUUUUUGAGGAAUUAGUGGGCAUGGGAACUUCUCCUGUUUCUCACACAGACUGUCCACAGGAUCUGUUCCCCUAACGUUGUCUAUCUCA